CUGUGAUGAUGCGGCAAAAUUUCACGAGCGCAGAGUUGGGGGAAGAGGGUGGUGGGGGAGGGCGAGGCGUCGGUCGAGGGCGACGAGGGAGGGCACGGAUAUUCGGAUAUUUCCUGUAUUUUCGUGUAUUUGGUGCACGGCAUGGGCUGGGCCGGGAGUCCGAUUGGUCGUUGUUUGUUGACUGCUAGUCGCGUUCUCUGUCUUCUCUCCCGCCCGCGCGUCGUCCUCGUCCGCCACUUGUCUUCACUUUGCGCAGCUUACGUCCUUUACGUCCCUCACGCCCUUCAUGGAUCCCAGACACAGCCAGGAGCAUCUCCCACAGCCAGACCAGCAUGCCAUGAACGCAGGCUACGGCUACUACCAGCACGACCAGCAGCAGCCCCCGCCCCAGGACAGUCCGUACGCGAUGUACUCCCAGCCGAUGCACUCAGGCAUGAGCGCGACGAUGAGCCCGCAAAUGAGCCCGCAGAUGUCUUAUCAGGUCCCUCAGCACCAGCAGGCAUAUCAGCCCAUCGGCAUAAUCCCUGCCCAGCAGUACCACCAAUCGGCCGCAUACGCCAGUCCGCCUCAUGUUUCCGGCCAGCUUCCCGCGGGUAGCCCCCCUCCACCUUCCCCGGAUAUGUAUGACCCCUUGUCUCCGCCCAUUUCAGGAUCAGAAUCGGGCACCGACGCCUCCUCCCGCGGAACGUCCCUCGUUCACCGUCACCACAUCAGAUAUCAUCCCACGCCCUCGCCCUCUUCAUCCUCCGGCCGUCGCAGCCUCCGUCGCUCUCACGACUCCGACGAAGACGAUAACAUGGGCGUCUCUUUCCCCAUCGAAAAUCUCGCUCACACUCGCAAGGAAGCCACUCGCAGGCAACGGAUAGAGGCUGAGCAGAGACGUCGUGAUGACCUCCGGGAUGGCUACGCGAGGCUCAAGGACUCCCUGCCCGUCUCGAACCAGAAAAGUAGCAAGGUUAUGCUCCUCGAGCGCGCUGUAAAUCGCAUCCGUGAAUUGGAGACGGAGAACCAAGAGUACCAGAGACGCCUGGCCCUUGCGGAGAACGAAGUGACCCGUCUUCGCGCCUUGAACGAAAAGAUCACGCUUGGUUCGCAAGACACCCCAUCCCCGACACCCGCGAACGCUAUGCAUGAUGCAAGGCCUCUCUCGCCGCCGCCAGAUGCACCCCCUAUUCAGACCAUGGCGCCUACCAACAUGCGCCCGCCGCCGUCGGAGGGGUCCACCUCGUCCAUGUCGGAUAACGGCUAUUGAGGCGCCAUCACCGUGCAUCUCGCCCGUCUCCACUCUCUCCCUCUCCUCCUCAACCUAAAGACGAACUACCCGACU